UCAGUGAACUUAAAAAAAAUAAGUAAACAAUAAUAUUUACUAAAAUUAAAGCAUUCAGUAUAUUGUUCAUGACUUAUUAAUAGCCAUGAUUUAAUUGUUUGCAUUAAACUUUUUAAGUUUAUCACCAUUUUUAUUUCGUCGUUGCUUGUUUGUGUCCGAUGUUAUAAAAAUGGUGAAGACACUCAUGAAUUAUCACAGUAAGUAAAUAAGUGAGAUUCGAAUUUUUUUUUAAACGAUGGCACCUUUACUACAGGCUUUUACUUUAUUUUUGAUUCUAUCAAUAUGUAGAGCUGAUAAACCGAAAAUCGAACCAUCAGAUCCGAUUCUUGAUAUAAAUGAAGACGGUAAACUGUUUAUUAAAUGUCGCAGUAACAAAGCCAUGAAAUUUUAUAUUGUAUUAGACAAUCCCAAGCAAAAAUUUUCUGAAACGAUUGAACUAGCAACAAUGAGUAACAAUUUAUUUUUACAUACUAUCAUAAAACCAUCAGUAGUUCUCGGUGAUAGUGGAUGGUAUGGUUGUGCAAAUUCCGACGUAAAAGUUGAUACAAGUCAACAUGAUCAACUAGAGGUUUCAUGGAUUCACGUGAACGUCAAACCUAUCAAACCUUUAAUGGAACCGGAAGGUUCAGAGAUGUUAUUAACUGAAGGUGACCGUUUGCUUAUUAAAUGCCACAGUGAUAAAGAGAUGAUUUCUUACAGUAAACUAAAUAAUCCUGAUAAAGCUUCGGAGAGCAGUGAAGAUUCUACAACUCAAGAUGAAAAUUUAUUUACACUAAGUAUUGAAAAAAAAUCAGUUGUUCCAGAAGAUAGUGGGUGGUACGGUUGCGCAAAUAAAGACGUCUCAGUUGACACGGAGAGAUUUAAUCAACCAGAAGUUAGAUGGAUUUUUGUAAACGUUAAAUCUAAGAAGCCUUUAAUGGAACCAUCAGGACCAAUUCUCAAUCUAAAUGAAGGCGAAGAACUACUCCUUAAAUGCCGUAGUCACCAAGACAUGACUUUUUUCACUGUUUUGGAUAAUCCUGGCCAAGAGUCUGAAAAUAUAGAAGAGUCUUCUACGUUCUUUGAGGGAAUAUAUACAGUCAUUUUUAAAAAAAAUUCCGUACUCCAGGGUGACAGUGGAUGGUAUGGAUGCGCAUAUAGCGACGUCGACGUUGAUACAAGUAAUCGCGAUCAACUGGGAGUCAACUGGAUAAACGUUGUUGUUAAACGUAUGAUAUUUAUUUAUUCCUAAAACUAUUAAUUAAGUCAUUUUAUAUCACACUGUAAAAAAUCGGUAAUGAAUCCGGAGUGAAUAUGGAUUUUAUUUCAAUUAGAAUUCACUCCGCCGUUCGAAAUCUGGAGUUUAAAAAACACUUACUCUGUAUAUGGACUAAAUAAGGAAUUUUUUUCUCAGCGAAGUGAUAUCAGAGUAGUGUGGAUUUUAUUUCGUUUUAAUGUCGAACUGAACUUUCAUCAAAAAUGAAUUUUACUACGAGGAAAUCAAAUAAAUAAAAAAUUACCCUAGUAUUAUCGCGAAACAGCCGCAUCACUGCUGCAACACUGCGACGCCAUAGCUAUAGUAUUAAAAAAACAUUCUUGUUGCCGCAACACCGCCACUCUAUAUAUAGCUGUGACACCCAAAAACCAAUUAUUGAUUUUGGAUAUUAUAUAAAAUAAAACUUCAAAAUCAUACCAACACAAUAACAUCUUUAAUUUUCAUUUGUUUUUUAUUCUAAAAAAUUUUAGUCGUAAUAAUUGUCGAAAUUUAAUAAAUUCUCAAUCAAUAUGUUCCACUAUUUAAAAAUAUUUAAUGACUCAAUUUUCAUAAUGGUAUAAAAAUUUUAUUAAUUGAAAAUUAAAUAAAGCAGUAUGUAUAAAUA